GAGAGGCAUCACACAUUGUGUGGAAGAGCUCAAAGUGAAUGUUAGAAUAAUAAAUGUGUUUGAAAUGUUUAGCCCAUGGCUUGUAGUCCUGGCUCUGACUGUGUGUAUUGCAGUGGGUCCUGACACACGUCCCAUUCUCGUUCAGUUCCCGAAAGUUGUGAAGGUAGCAGAGGGUGAAGCUGUGCAGUUUCAGUGCAGUUUGGAGAGAAGCAGCAGAAAUAACACAGUGGAGAAUUACACUGUCCAUUGGUACCACCCAGAAAACAAGACGCACAUCUUAUUGAGUCACUUUGCAGGCGGCAGUGUUUACCGAUCGAGAGGAUUCUCUGAGCGGUUUCAGCUUUCCAGAAAUGUAACCAGUAACAGCUACAUUCUGACCAUCAGAGACCUGAAGCUCACUGACACUAAUACCUACAUCUGUGGGAUUUGGGGAAAUAUUUUUGGAAAAGGAACUCGACUAAAUGUAACCGGUGCAAAUGCCCCAAACCUUCUCCAGUCUCUGAUCCCAGAACGUGUCACAGAGGGACACACUGCCCAGUUACAGUGCACCAUGAGGAACGCUGCAGUGACACGCACCGAUGUUCACUGGUACCGGGAGCGACCAGAGAAUAACACAGAGUGGGUUUUAACACAUAAUGUGAGGAACAUCACACAAUGGAGCCCAGGAUUCACUGAGCGAUUCCAGUCUUCCAGAGACCCCUCCAAUAACAGCUUCAUUCUGACCAUCACAAACGUGUGGCCCAGUGACACUGGGGUCUAUUACUGUAAAGUGUGGGGAGAUAUCAGUGGAAAUGGAACCCAGCUGACUGUCAUGGUUCCUGCAGUGGGAAUGAACAGAGAGCUGUGGAUAGUCUGGAUCAGUGUGGGAGCUGCUCUGGGAGUUACUCUCAUCGCUGGAGCUGCUCUUCUCUUCUGUAUCAGAAUUACUCGGUCUGGGAAACGGUCAUCCUCUUCUCCCCAUCAUACUGGAGAACACAGUCUGAUGCUGGAAUAUGAAAACAUUUCUGCUUUCAGAAACACAAAGACAAUGAACAUGAGCUUCAAUACUGCACCAAUCGGAAGAGCAUUUCUUGAACCUAUGGAAGAAUCUCCUUCGUCAUUUCCUUGCUUCUCAGCUGCAGCCUCUAGAUCACCAGGACUUCCUGAUACACUUGCUGUAGGUUUGUCUGUAAUCAGUAGACACAGAUUGGAUCACACACUCCUCUCCUGCAUUUCUGUGAGCCUAACCCUACCCUGACGUCAGCGAUGAUUCUAAAUGACUGCUCCAGACUGAGGAACAAAUCCUUCGAAUGUACAGCUCAAUACUCAGAGCCCACCUACAGUCACUGCGAUCAUUUCUGAGCAUUGAACCUUGCAGUAGGGCCUGUGCUGGCCUUGGAGUGGGGGAGGAGAGCUGGAGAACCACCAGAAUAAUAACAGCAUUGCAAGGGUUAAAUUAUGAGGAUAGGUUCCAUAAAUUAGGUCUGUAUUCCCCUGAGUUGGAAUAAUUGAGUGGGUGAUUUAGUUAAGAUAUUCAAGACAAUUCAGGAGGUGGAUACAGAGGAAUUACUAACUGUUGGGCAUCGAAACAACUGACUGGAUCUUUAAAUGUGACCAAUUAGAGAUGAGGUGGGUGUGAAUUUGAAAGAGUUAUCCCCUCCCUGUGGCAAACAGUGACUGAGUGUGAACUGGCCUGUGUCCAGGGAUGGAAUGUGUCAUCUUGAAUAUCCCAUCAUUGGCUGGCAACUUCUUCAAUCUAAGCAAUUAAAUUACAAAAAAAAUCCAGCAGGAUUCUCCUUCUCCUGCUUUCUGCGCAUCCCUUUGUGGAGCUCUGUCCCUCGUACAAGCUGUGACCAAAAUGUAACCGCUUUGUCCAGACCCUGGUCUGUUUGCUGUCCUUGAAGAGAGGCGAUUAGACUACCCUGUGAACACACAGUCCUGUAGCAUGGCCUCACCCUGACACAGGGGUCAGACAUUUACAUCCUGGGGGCUAGGUGGGAAGUGCCUUUAGAGACCAGCUGUGAUGGCAUGGGGGGGUGGGGUCAUGCCCAUUAUCUGCUGUCCCUUGCUGAUGAUGGGAUAGGAACUAAAUGCCCUGUGUCCUCAGCCCAUCGAGACCCAUUGGUGGUCAAUUCAUAGCUGCCAAAAGGCUGGCCCCAUCCCCAGUGGGACUUUACCAGCAGCACGAGGGGCAUAUUGCCACCCAGAGCAGGUCACCUGAUGUCUCCCUGAGGAUUUAGGGUUGAGCUGAGAAUGGGAGGUCCCUCCUAAAACAAGGAGCUUGUGGUCCAGGGCACACCUUCAGAACAUCAAUGGCCUGCUCAGCUGGAAGAUUGCCCCCUCCUAUGACCAAGCGCCUGACCCCACAUUCACCAAAUAGGAUUAUCUCCGUGAUCCUCAAUCUCACCUAGCUUGGGUCCUCACCAACUCAGCUUCUCUGGGACCUCCUGCCGUUCCAAUACUGGCCACAACCCACAGUGGUGCUGCUGAGUCUGAAGGAAUAAGGACCCUGUGAUUGGCCAACAGCUCUCCAAGCGAUAGAAGAUAUUAUAUUUACAUAGUACCCUUUAACAUGGUAAAACCUUCCUGGAAACAGGGAAUGUUGGAUGUUCAGUGCCUGGGGACUGUAAAAGUCAGUUGUGAUUUUUACAGCCUGUGCUGAUGGCACUCCCUGACAUUCUGGAUAGUGAACAGAGACCUCACCUUGGUGCAAAUUCCAAAAAUGUAAAGUUUCUUAGUUUCCUUGACAACAUAUUUCUGGCUGCACCAGCCCAUGUACCUCACAGGCUCUGCUUGUUUAUUCCUUAUUCUCAAUAAACGUGAAAGGUUACUGGGAGCAGGUGGGAAUGUGAUUUAAUCAGAUCAGUCACAAUCUUACAAUGUUCCUAAUUCAUGUGCCCAUUUCUUUUUGACUGACUGUUCAUUCUCUGAAUUUUUGCAGCUAAUUUUCAAAUUUCGUGAAGAAUUUAAAACUAAAAUCAGUACAAAAGUGGCCGGACAUACUGAGCAGAUUGUUAAAUGUCUGAAGGUGUUGUAUGAAAGAACCAGUGUUGUUUCUGUUUAAAGUAUUUAUAAAAGAUUAACAGCCCAUGGUUAAAAGGCCUUUAGACUCCAACAUGUACAGCAGGGCUUCUUCUCAGGUUCAUGGUUCCCAGGGUAGGCUCUGAACACACCAUUACUGAUCACUCUGAUUCACCGGGAAUACUGGUGUGUACAAUCACCCACCUGAGAGGACAAUUACCCCACAUUCUACAAUUGCCCCUCUGUCACCUCAGUAAAUGGUUACCUAGCCUCACGAGAGUGGACACAGUUUCUCACUGAAAUACACGACUGGAAGAUAUAAGGGAUCAAAAUUUCACACUAUUCCAGCUGGGAUCUGAUUAGUGCCUCGUAUCAUGUUGGAACACCGCCUUAGUUUUAUACAUUGUUCCCUUCCCUAUUUUCUGCUGAACACGGAUGCCAGCUUCUUUGUGAUUCCUGGAUGAGGAAACUCCCAAAUCCUUCUGUUCCAUUGCUUUGUGCGGAGCAACUCAAAUUGGGAAUUGAUGCCAGGAGUGGGGCCAGGAGCUGAGAUCUUGGGGUCAGGAACUCUGAGCCAGCAGUGUCCUCCCCGUGCCCCUUUACUGUGAUAGAUCUCCUCACCCUCCACAGCUCACCAAGGGCUCACAACAGUUUUCACAUCUCAAAAUGGGGUGACAGUGCGAAAAGAUUUGGGAAGCAUUGGCUUAGCAAUUCCGUUAAAGCACCUCACAAUUUUCAACAACUCUACUUCAUCCUGUUGGGGUGGCACAAUGGCUCAGUGGUUAGCACUGCUGCCUCACAGUGCCAGGACCUGGAUU